GUCCUCAGCAGCCCAAGACCAGACAGAAAUUCAGUCGUUUUUCCUUUGCACUGUCGCGCUCUUGGUGAUUCCUGCGAAAUACCGCACACACGCGACAAAUUUCGCGAAUUCGCUGCAAUUCUCUCUUUUUUAUUUCUUCUCUUUAAAUAAUGCCUCUCGAAAGCGAAACAGUUACCGGUAAUCCGGACGCACCUCAACAAAACUCAGAACAGGAACUGGUUCAGGUUAGUGAUAACGAUAGUCAAGCUUUGGUGCAAGAAGAUGCUUGCGUUUUCAAAAGCAAAACCGUAGAAGAGGAGGAAAUUGUUUGCCCGUUGAAACUAGCUAAAAGUCCAGUAGCAGAAGCAACAGAAGAUUUUUUGGUAAACGAAAUAAAAUCAUAUGUUGAAGUUGAAACUAAUGUUAAUGCAGCUAGCAUUGAGUCUCCUGUUUCACCAAGCACACCUGCUAAUUCAGACGUAGAAGAAAGUGUAAUCGAACCUGAACCCCCACAAAUAGUCGAUGUGUCUUAUAAUGAAAAAGAAAAUGUCCCUGAUGAAGUUAUUAUUAUUGAGAAAUUAAAUGGACACCAUAUUGAAGAAUCAGUACCAUUAGCAGCAGAAGAAGAACCAACACCAAUAUUAGCAGUAGUAGAACCAGAACCAGAAAUUAAAUUAACAAAUGGCAACAAUCAAGCAGAAAACUUCAACGGUGAAUGUAAGUUUGAGCCGAAAAAAGUUGAGGAACCAUCGGAAGUUGUGGAAGAAUCUGAAGUGCUGAAAAACGGAUACGAGAAACCGGCGUUGAACGGUACCAUUGCCAGUGAGUUGCCCGACUACAAACUUCCCGAUGUGGUUGAAGUUAAGAAAAAUUUCGAAUUUGUUGCGCCGGCCGGAAAUAAUCGUGGACAUGUACAGCCUAAAAAGGGUGCCCUUUCGACGACCAUAGAUUCUCAAGGAGUCAGACAAGCCUAUCAAGAUGUCAGAAACGAUGGAUCAGAAACUCAAUGGGCCAUUUUCAAAUUCGAAGGACCAACGAUAGUAACAUCGGCCACUGGAGCGGACUUUGAAGAAUUCACAAAGCACUUUGGCGAAGACGACAGAGCUUUCGCCUACAUCCGAGUCCAAACUGGAGACGAAAUGAGCAGAAGAGCGAAAUUUUUGCUUUUCACUUGGGUGGGGCCCAACGUGAGCGUUUUGAAAAGAGCGAAAAUGUCCACUGAUAAGGCUCUCAUCAAGGAUAUUGUAUCGAACUUCGCUGUAGAACUUCAAACAGAAAACUUAACAGACAUUACUCUACAAAACUUCGAAACUGAAUUGGACAAAGCCGCUGGCGCACACUACGGCACUGGAAUUAGAAGUUAAAAAUUUAAGAUUAAAAAUUUCAAUGACUUAACUUCCAAAAAUAAAGGGACCAAAUUUUUAAUAAGUUAAGUCAUUGACUGGAUGUCUACUAAUUAAUUUAUAUCACGGAAACAUUUUUUGUUGAAAAACAUCCAGAAGUUAUUGUUUUUUUGAAAACCCCUAUUUCCUUGUAAAUAAUAUUUUAUAAUAAUAAUUGGUAUGAAAACUUAUAAUGUAUUUUGUGAUUGCUUAUAAUAUUUUGUAGCUUGUUAAAUUUUAAUUAUUAUUAUUUUUCGUUGCUUUUUUUUUUCGAUGAUGGUCAUUAUAUUAUACAUAAUGUAUUAUUUUUAACAUAAUAUAUAUUUAUUAUGUCUU